CUAUUGCAGCAGGAGUUACCUUAUGAUUAAAUAAUCUGAAUUUGCAGUGAAAUAGUGUGUCAAAGAACAUUUAAAAUGACAUUACUUCUAGGAAAUCAAAAUUGUUUGGAUGGUUUGCGCAAGGAUGUCACAGAUCUACAAGGGAUAAUCAUAGAUGUGUUUUCGCGGGUUGGUGCAGUUCGUUAUCCAUCAUGGAAGUUUCCAGACAAAACAUCAUGUGAUUUGGAUCUUGUUACUUUACUGGAGCAUUUUGAUUAUAUGGAAGAUGACCCAGAAUUCACACAGCAUUCUCAUGUUGUGCUGUUUGAACUAGUGAUUGACAGGUAA